AUGGUGAUCCUCAAGUUUGCUCCGUUUAGCACCAACAUCCACCCGACCUUUUGGCAGGAGCUUUCAUCGCUCAAGAUCGACAAGCUCCAGCUCAGCGACGAUGCAGUUCCGAUCCAUGCUCACUAUACCGCUGGCAAAGUCAUCCUCGACCGCCACACUGGAAACCUGGUGUCGCUCGGCAGUCAGAUUGCCCUCGAUGCCACGAGCCUUCAGACAUCCAGUGUGUCACACGACUCGUCCAGCCACCCAUCUACGUCUGCUUCCGCUGUUCAGCCGCCGUCAUCUGCAAUCGCCGCCCGCGGCUUCCUCAAGAACUUCAACACGGUGGAAUCCUUCCGCAAUGCAGACAAGCAGGCCAUCUUUGACAGCACGCUUCAAGACAUCUGGAACGGCCUGACAACCGACGACGACAGCCACCAAGGUCCAGAAGCGUAUCUCACCACCUUCUUGGCCCUUACAUUUGCUGAUCUCAAAAAAUUCAAGUUCUACUAUUGGUUCGCCUAUCCCGCUCUUGUCACAGUCCCUCCCUGGGAGCUUGUCGGAGAUGCUCAAGGUAGCUCAGAAGCGUGGAAGCCGGUCUCCGCAACAUUGGACACCGCUCAGUGCGAUGUGCUCGCCACUUGGAUCCAGCAGCAGAGUGUUGGCAGAGGCUUUUUCCUGUUCAAGACUUCAGCCUCAACAGGAGCGCAGUGCGGACAGAUCGCUUCGUAUGCUUCUUUCUUCGACGAAGUGCCGGAAGAGGAGCGGUACGUUGGCUUUGUGGAUCCCUCGGGCGCGGCCCAGACUCCAGGCUGGCCAUUGCGUAAUCUGUUGGCAUAUCUACAUGCUCGCUUCGGCGUCGAACAAGCCCAAGUCAUCUGUUGGAAGGACGAAGUGUCCAGCACCUCGCUACCUCCUUCUAUCGACCAGUGGAAGAGUGUAGUUGGACGCGUGCGUCUACCCAGUGCGCAAUCCGCCGACGGCGCUUCCCCUUUGGGACUGCAACUAGGACAAAGGAGAACGAGAAUCACUUGCAAGGCAAACAAUGUGCGAGUCCCCAGCGGUGUUGGUUGGGAACGCAAUGCCCAGGGCAAGCUUGCGCCCAAGGUUGCCGACCUGGGACCGCUGAUGGAUCCGCGAAAGCUGGCUGAUCAAGCUGUGGACCUCAACCUCAAGCUCAUGCGCUGGCGAAUCAUGCCAGAGAUCAAGCUGGAAACUAUCCAAAACACACGCUGCCUCCUGCUGGGCGCUGGAACGUUGGGCUGCUACGUGGCGCGUGCACUUCUCGGAUGGGGUGUGCGACAAAUCACGCUGGUCGACUCAGCCAAGGUGUCGUUCUCCAACCCGGUGCGCCAACCGCUAUUUGACUUUGAGGACUGUCUCGAAGGGGGGCAGCCUAAAGCAGAGUGCGCGGCAAAGCGAUUGGCGCGCAUCUACCCUGGCGUCGAAGCAAAGGGAAUCAAUUUGAGCAUUCCUAUGCCAGGUCACCCGGUGCCACCCAACAGCGAACAGCAGGUGAAAGCGGAUGUGGAACGACUGGAGAAGCUCGUCGACGAGCACGACGUGAUCUAUCUGCUCAUGGAUUCCAGGGAGAGCCGAUGGCUGCCAACGUUGUUGGGUGCUGCAAAGGAAAAGUUGGUGAUCAAUGCUGCUCUUGGGUUCGACAGCUACCUUGUGAUGCGCCAUGGUGCGCCUCCGCCGCAGCGAUCCGGAGACGAUGUGGGUGCUCCGGAGGCCGACACAGGCAAGGACGCUGCCAAAAGCUGGCACGGACGACUUGGUUGCUACUUCUGCAAUGACGUGGUCGCGCCCUCCGAUUCUCUCACCGAUCGAACGUUGGACCAGAUGUGUACAGUGACGAGGCCAGGUCUGGCUGCGAUCGCCGGUGCGUCAGCUGUGGAACUAAUGGUAUCGGUCUUGCAACACGAUCUUGGUGUCCAUGCACCUGCUACGGCCGGAGAGUCGUCGAGACAAGGCGCCGAGGAUGCGCAAGCCGUUGCGGACGCUACCACAGUUCUCGGCAUCGUGCCGCAUCAGCUUCGUGGCUUUUUGGCGCAAUUCAACACGUUGAGGGUGGUAGGACAGGCGUACGACCGUUGCACAGGCUGCAGCGCAGCCGUGGUCGAAUCGUACCGCUCCAAGGGGUUCGAGAUGUUGCUAAAUGCGUUCAACGAGGACAAGUACCUCGAGCAGCUGACGGGGCUCGACAAGAUGUACGCGGAGGCGGAAGAGCUCGAAGCUGCAAUAGACUGGGAUGUCGAGGACGACGAUGACGACGAUGAAGGGGGCCUGUGA